UUCAGAAAUAUUCAAUAAUAUUAAAAUAAUAUUUUAAUUAUUCAAAUUAUUUUCAGAAGGAGUAAAAAUGGGAGACAAUUUUAGAUACAGUGAAUAUUCUAAUUCCAGAGCUGUAGGUGAACAGUAUCCAGCAGAACAUCAGUAUCCUCCAGGGCAGCCUGUGUCGGGGCAAGCAUGGAGCAGCGUAGAACCUUGUCAGCCUGUAGCAGGACAAGCAUGGGGUGGCGUUGAAUCUGGUAAUGGAGGUAGGAGGGGGAGAGGAAGAGGGAGGGGCAGGGGUGGAUUUAGAGGUGGGAGGGGUAGAGGCAAUGGAGCCCAAGGGGGGAACUGGUCCAAUGGAGCCCAAGGCGGGAACUGGUCCAAUGGAGCCCAAGGCGGGAACUGGUCCAAUGGAGCAAGUGAUGUAACAUCAAGACUGCAGGCUCUGGCAGAACCCUCAGCGCCAGCUGUAGAUGCCCAGGGAAGAAAGAGAAGGUUUCGGGAAAUAAUGGAUUCUGACUGGACAAGCAACUAUGAUGGGCAUCUGCCACAGGAAAUAUUAUCUCAGUGUACAGUAUUCUCCUGUGGGUUGUGUGGUAUCAAGUUUUCAAGUGAUGUUGUACAGAAGGAUCAUUACCAGGGACAGCAUCAUGACAAGAAGGUUCAGGCAGCACUGGCAGAUAUUGCUGCAAAAACGGGAACAUCCGUACUCAAGAAGAAGAAGGUUGGACUCGAUGUUAAAGUUGACAGUUUCCUUAACAUUGAACGCCUGGCAAACUGGCAGAAGGAUUAUCUAGAUACCUGGGAUACAGCUCUCCCUGAUGAACUACUUCAACUGGUUCGACCUUCACGCUGUGAACUUUGUCUUCUGGAUCUAAGUUCAAACAUAGUUGCAACUUCACAUCUGAAUGGAAAGAAUCACGACAAAAAGGUGAAGGUUUGGUUGGAUGAAUACUGUAAGAGGAACGGGAAGGAUGUUCCCAAGAAGAAAGUUUUAGAAUGUUCUCUGCAGGAGAAAAUGUGUGAAUACUGUAAUGUAGAACUAACAUCUGUAACCAUGGCAAAAUCUCAUUAUAGGAAUAUACUUUAACCUCUAAGGAUUAA